AGCUCCGAGUGAGGAAGGGAAUUAAGGAGGCUGUGCCUCCGGGUUGCAAGAAGAGUCCAAGUCGUUUCUCGGAAACCUCUGACAGGUGGACCUUAGAGGAAAAGCCACCGAGCACAGCAAGACUCAGAAGACGCACCCUUGCCUGCCUGCCCAGCAGACAGAAAUUGGCUCUUCUCUCAAGAAGCUGAAGAGAAACCUGUACAUCAGCCAAAAGAGCCGUGAGAACUCUGUUGGCUGAGGAGACGGCUGCUGGAGGGAGGUGAACGCAAGGAGAGAUGGCUUCCGGCUGGGGCCCGGCUUAGCAGCCGCUCCUGCUCUCAGUCACGUCGGGCAGGAUGUGCCACUAGACCGCCAUGGACACGGCCCCCGGCGCAGGCCUGCAGCUGCAGCAGCUCCCGCCCACCAGCAGCGCCACCUCUGUGAGCGAGGGCUCCUUUUCCUACAAGGAAAACCUGAUUGGCGCCCUGCUGGCGAUUUUUGGGCACCUUGUGGUCAGCAUUGCACUUAACCUGCAGAAGUACUGCCACAUCCGCCUGGCAGGCUCCAAGGAUGCCCGGGCCUAUUUCAAGACCAAGACAUGGUGGCUGGGCCUGUUCCUGAUGCUGCUGGGCGAGCUGGGCGUAUUCGCCUCCUACGCCUUCGCCCCUCUCUCACUGAUUGUUCCCCUCAGCGCAGUCUCCGUGAUAGCUAGCGCCAUCAUAGGAAUCAUAUUCAUCAAAGAAAAAUGGAAACCUAAGGACUUUCUGAGGCGCUACAUCUUGUCCUUCGUUGGCUGCGGUUUGGCUGUCGUGGGCACCUACCUGCUGGUGACGUUUGCACCCAACAGUCAUGAGAAGAUGACGGGCGAGAACAUCACCAGGCACCUCGUGAGCUGGCCUUUUCUCUUAUACAUGCUGGUGGAGAUCGUCCUGUUCUGCCUGCUGUUGUACUUCUACAAGGAGAAGAACGCCAACAACAUCGUCGUGAUUCUCCUCUUGGUGGCCUUGCUCGGCUCUAUGACAGUGCUGACGGUCAAGGCCGUGGCUGGGAUGCUGGUCCUGUCCAUCCAAGGGAACCUGCAGCUCGACUACCCCAUCUUCUACGUGAUGUUCGUGUGCAUGGUGGCCACUGCUGUCUACCAGGCUGCGUUUUUAAGUCAAGCUUCACAGCUCUAUGACUCCUCGCUGAUCGCCAGUGUGGGCUACAUUCUGUCCACCACUGUGGCUAUCACAGCAGGUGCAAUAUUUUACCUGGACUUCGUCGGGGAGGAUGUGCUGCACAUCUGCAUGUUUGCCCUGGGGUGCCUGAUCGCCUUCUUGGGUGUCUUCUUAAUCACCCGGAACAGGAAGAAGGCCAUCCCGUUUGAGCCCUACAUCUCCAUGGACGCCAUGCCAGGUAUGCAAAACAUGCACGACAAGGGCAUGACGGUCCAGCCUGACCUCAAAGCUUCUUUUUCCUACGGAGCCCUGGAAAACAAUGACAGCAUAUCUGAGAUCUACACCCCUGCCACACUGCCAGUCAUGCAAGAAGAGCACAGCUCCAGAAGCACCCCUGGGGUUCCCUACCGCGUCCUGGAGCACAGCAAGAAAGAGUGAGCCACCUGCGCGUGACUCGCCUUUCCCUAACCAUGCGGGCCGGGCGGCGGGGCUUCGCCCUUCGCUCUUGGCCUCGCCUUCCCGUCCUGCUUUCCAGACUGCGAGUUCUGCGGAAGCAGAGCUUGGAAAGCCUCGGUCUCCAGAAAGAACGCCGCGUUCCCUUGGUCUUGGAAAUUUCAAGUGGAGACAGGGGCGGGGGUGGGAUGAAAGAAUUCCAGGUGGGCUUAGCCUUGAGGGGUUGGAAGCCUUUUCACCUCCUCAGAAACGGGCACUGGGCCACCCCAGCCAGUGACCAAAGCCGAUGCCACGUUCUUCAGAGUGAAAGCAAGACAGAAGUUCCUAACUUCGGUCUGGAGACCACGAGUGCUGGCCUCCCUCUGCCUCACGUGCAUGCCUGUUUUUGACAAGAUCUGUGUCCCCCUUUCACACGCACCGUGGGCUGGCCCCCCACAUGCAGUCGUUGCGUCUUGGCAGUGUCCCCAUCCGCCUUCUGUCUGUGCCCCUGCAAUGAAGACGGGUGGCGUCUGUUUUUGGUUUUCAUUGUUUUGUUUCAUUUUGUUUUUGAGACAGGGUCUCACUAUGUAGUUCAGACUGGCCUUGAACUCGCUUUUUUGGACCAUGUCUGAAAACAAACCUGGUUCUGGUUCUCUGUGAACUAGGAGCCCACCCCGCUCCAAGGAACUGGGAAAUUAACAGAAGAAGGAGGGAAAAAUAAGGGGGAUGGGAGCAAGGGUGAUGAUACUCAAGCCCCUAAGGAAGAAAGGUCCCUGUUAAUCUUCCUGUCCCUCCUUAUAAAGUAGAGGAGGGAAAUCUGCUUGUUGACGGGUGACUUUUUCCCUGCACACUGGCACCCUCUGGGAAGACUGGGGGGCUCACUUUAAAGCCAGCGUCUCCCAUUCCCCCCACCCAUCCCUCCUUUAUAGACGCGCAGACCACGCCGCAGUUGUUGGCUCACUUCCCUGCAGCCGGGAGGCCAUCCGGGGCUCUGGGUGUGACGCAGCGAGAGCCUGCGCACAGGACUCUGCCUCCCGGCUAGUGGUGGCGAACCCGUGGCACGCGUGCCACAGCAGGCUGUUUAUAGCUUUGAAAACUCUAAAAGGUUCGCCAUCGCUGCUGCCCUAGAUCAUGUGUUUCUGAGAAUGGCAGGGAAAGGUUUGUAAACUUUAAUAAGCAUGAGGGUCCCCUGGGGGGUUAUUUAAAAUACAGAUUCUUAUGCCCCAACCGCGGAGAUUCAGGGUGAGUAGGACCGGGUGGAACCUAAGGGACUGCAUUUUUAAUUGACACCACUGUGUGAUUCUGACGCUAAUAACCAGAGAUCACACCCCUCAAAAAACCUGGUAAUGGGAAAAGACGGCCACUAAGACCCGCAAGGCCUAUGCCCUCCUGCCAGACAGCUAGAAUUAUAUUCCAUUUCCUCUUGGGAUUCUCUGGCAGGGAAAGUACCCCCUGGAGAGUGUGGCAUUUCUUCACCUAGUAAAUACCACUUAGAACUAGCUUACUGCUUCUCUAGACAGACUUUAGGCAAGAUACCAGUGUUAAAGACAGUGUUACCGGCACUUAGCUUAUAGAUUGCGCUCAGUACUGAUUCAGGAGCCGGACUUCCAAAGCUCUGCCACCUGUCGCCUGUGAUAAGCACUUCAUAUUUUGUCUUAGCCACUCCUGUACUGUGUCUUAAAUGCCCAAGAAGGCAGCAGACAAGGAGCUUAACCCCUUAGGCUGAGUACCCACUCACUUCAAUAUUUUUGAGACGUUUACUGUGUGUUAAGCACUUAGAGGGCAAAGCUACAAACAUAAGAUACAGUCCCUGCCGUCCAGGCCAGCGGAAGGAGACACAGAUGCCCAGAGGUCUCUGACAGGGUGGGCAGUGACAGGAAGUGACAGGAAGUGACAGUCAUGGUGGCCCUGAGCCCAAAGGGUGUUCAGAAUUAGAGAUGAUUUGGGCUCCACUGACAGAGGAUGGCAAAGCCAGCAAUGAUCUGUACCAAGCAUAGACAGUGGGGUGAUCCCCCUCCAGGCAAAAGGGGCCAGAAUUUCCAAAGGCACAAAGAUGAGGAGAUGGGAUAUGAAACAAAAGAGAGCCGGGGAAGAUGGAGGGAGAGGAGCCUCAAGAGAUCAGCAGUGGAGGCCGAGUCCUGGAGUGUUCAAAUGCCUGGCAGAGGACAUGGGAGCCAUUGAUGGUUCAGGAGGAAGAGAACAGCAGGAGCCACAGAGACUGGACAGGAGACCGUGUUCACUGUGGAGGAGGAAUUGGGGUGAAUAAGCCACCUUUCAAGGUGAAGCUCUGAGCCUGAAAGAGCAAAACAUACACGGGAAAUUAAAAUCCAGUUUCACUGCUAUUCCAACACUCCUCAUUUCCCAAGUGACUUUUCCAAGGCUGGGGGUCAGGGUAGAAAGGACAUGAAGGUGAGCAGGAAGCUAUUUAAACAUGCUGAACCCAGGGGAUCAACAGGAAUUUGGAGUGAUACGUCUGCGCCCCCAACCUUCCUUGAACCCCCUUCCUGUUUUGUUACUGGCUGUUGGGCCUUGGGCUGGCCAGGUUUCUGGAGGUGAACGGACAAAAGUGUGCUGUAACUUCAGGUCUGCUGCAGAUCAAGGAGACGGUGCCAGCCAGGAACUUCCUGGGGCCCGGGCAGCCCCCCUUCUUUGGGUGUGGGGCCGUGGGAUCGCCCGGCAAAGCCAAACCACAGAGGCGGAGCAGAAAGCGAUACAGUGGUUUCCUGAGUGGAGGCCAGGGCUCGGCCACAUGGGCAGCCAGCAAGCGCAGCGCCUGCAGAGCCAUCGUCCCCAGAGCUCUGAGGUGUCUUGGGCUCACCAAUCGCAGGCUCCAUCCCCAGGUGUAAGUGGGCCACCCGCUAAUGGCGGUGGCUGCACACACAGCCCCCCUGGUUUAUUUUCACUUGCGGCUCAACAUCCCGAUGCCCGCUUGAUUUCUCCAAGCCUCCGUCUCCUUCCCAGGUAGGAAGCCAGAAGGCCAAAGCACGGUCAUGUGCCGCUGUUCUCUGAUCUUCCCCGCCCGCCUGCACUUUCCCAUUUUAUUCCACAGGCUGGGGCUCUGAGCGCGCUGUGUAAACUGGUGCCUUGGAGGACGGGAGCCCCUCCAGCCCUCCCGGCCCGCUGCAGGUCUGAGGAUGCCCUCACUCUAAACUCUAGGAGAUGGAGAUUUGCAGGGUGGAGUCGAAUGCUAGGGAGGGGAGGGAGGCCCGACCCCUCCUUUGCUUUUCUAGUGGCAGUCAGUCAUUUGGUGGCACCUGUGUGCACGUAGGCAUCAUCCGAGUGACAUUGGGGAACCCGCCCUGCAGCCUCCUGGAUUUCGGGUCCAACACUGGCCGAUGGGCAAAAAGUCAUUUGUGUGUUUCUCAGAGAAGCUAUGUAAAUGAAGUCACUGUAGAAUAUAUUCUAGGUGGAUGCUUAUAUUUUGUUAACUUCAUGGCUAAUAUGGCAUGUCUUAUUUUUCAAAAAACAUGUACUAGGUCCAGAUAACAUUAUGAAGUGUAUUUCAUUAAAAAAAAAAAAAAUCCCUGCAGUA